AGCAGCUCUGUUCGUGGAAUAGAACCGUUAUUCCCAGAAAUUCGCAUGUCCGGCUCCCUGACUCCUCUCCACCGAAGAAAGUGUCUGCUAGUAUAUUGCCUUUUGCCAAUAAUAUUGCCAGUAUCGAAUCAACUGGGCUAGCGAAAGUAAUUCUGAGAGCUGUCCUAUCCUCUGAGAGGUUUCGUGUUGUUAUUUAACUCUUAACUGCGUUACUUCUUCUAUCACGAAAAUAAUAUUUGAUAAGGCACUCUGUCUCAUCUGAACUGAAUAAUUCUCAAUUAUUGAGAAUGUGAUUUGAGAAGACGUUGCUGUAUGGUUCGCUUAUCAAAAGCAACAAUACGGUACCAUUUUGGAAGUUGAUGGACAUUUUUGUUGUUCUUUCACCAUGAAGAUCACGCCCUUUUUCUGAAGCUGGAAGAUAUUAUAAUCCAACAACGAAACACACAAUAUUUAUUGGAGGUAUUGAAAUAACUACCAGUAGCAGCUACAUGUGAGGAACGAUGUCAUUUGGAGAUUCCAAUAAUUCGAGAUUCACAAGAAAUGAUGUAGUGCUUUGCGUGAGAUGCAGAAGAUGUGUGACAGAUGACUCAGAUCACAAUGCAGCAGAUCGUGAACUCAUCGCCAUGUUUGAAAGUGAUGAAUCAUCAUCGGACGACGCUGACGGAAACUAUGACUACUCUUUCCCAUCAGAUAAGGUUAAAUGUAAGAGAAUGGAUGAGAAAAGGGCGAAGAGAGAAGCAAAACCUAGGAAUAAAAAUUUUGCAAUUUGGUUACAAACUUCAACGAAAUUUCAUAGUAUUUCCAGUUUGAAAUUUGUUUUUGAUCGUACCGAAGAGUAUAAGUACAAAAAGGAUUUGAUUGAUGAUGAUGACUAUUUGUUUUUAUUAAGCAUUUUGCCAACACUCUUGAAUUUGACGCCCUAUACAAGAUUUAAAAUUUGUCGAGGGAUCAAUUCAGUUCUUGUCGAAGAAAUAAACAAAAUACUAGUAGAGGGUUUCAAAAAUACUUAUUGGAGGAGAGGAGAUAAAUACAAUAGCAAAUUCUUCAAAGAAACUCAAUACUCUAUCCCACUAGCUAAAAGAUCUCAAUACAGCAGAGAAGCACAGCUAUUAAUGUUAGUUUCAGAUAAUUUGGAAUACUUCCAAUCGUACAGAGAUGAAGAAUAUAGUCUGCCGGGACUGGAUAUCGAUGAAGUUUUUAUCUAUCUAAUGUGCAAUCUUCCCAUCAUAAAAAUGUAUGACUCUUCCCAAAAACUUGUCAUUCGACGUGCAAUAAAUGAAAAUUUAAUACAGGGAAUCAACGACGAAUUGUCUAACCAAGUUGGAAUCCGUGAUUGUAACCCAAUCCAAUCUGAAAAUACUUCUAGUCAGUUAUUAUUGCAAUCUAUGCCUAGUGUCUCUGAAGCUGACGAUAAAAUGGAACUUCGACUUUACAUAAAUAAAGCUGUGAAGAUUAUCGAUCACGAUAGACUCAAACCAAAUGAGUUAUUGCAUUCUGACCAGACUUACUUGUUCUUGAUGAGAGUUUUGCAUAUUGUUAAAUAUUUAAAAUUGACUCCAAAACUUUCUCUAUUCAAUAGAAUUAAUGGGCUCCUUCUUAUUGCAGAAAAUUGCAAUGAUUUAGGUGAUUUACCAAAACCUGAGAAUGUGCCAAGUCAAUCCGAAUCUUCUUUAACUGAUCAAGUUCCAGAACUUGCAGAUAAUGCUAUUGCUAGAGAUAAUGUUUCUGGUAACUAUAAUGUUAGUGGUAAAAAUGAUGACGAUGAGGAAUUAGAUGAGCAUUUAAGUUUAAUUGAAGAAAAGUUACAGGCUAUCGAGAAUCGCAUUAGAGCCAAUGAAUUCAACAUGGAAUUGAGGAAAGAUGGGGACUAUUUGUUUUUGAUAAGUAUUUAUUCUAUCAUUAAAAAACUGAGCCAACCCAGACAAAUCCAACUAUUCAAUGGAAUUCUAAAGUUCUUAAAUGAUGUGUCUAGUUCCAGAGAUUGUUUAUUCAGUGUAUGAGCAAAGAGAACCCCUUGAUUUGGCAGCAAAAGUAUUCCACUCUCAAAUAUGUAUAUUGCUUGCUUGCUAUUGUUCGCUCAGGUAUGCAAUCUUUAUUUGCUUAUAAUAUUAUUGAAUAAUGAUAAUUUAAUAAUAAAAUAACUAAUACUAUUGUAGGGCUUAUUACACUUAAAAAAGCUUUUAUAAUGCAUAAAAGAAAAAUUGUUUCAUAAUUAAAUUCAAACUGUGGCUCUGUUUCGAACAUAUUAGUAGGAGUUUUUGCCUUCUCUUUCAGGAGUGAAGUGAUUUAGUUUAUUAAAGGACUCUUGGAUUUUUAUUUUUUGUUACUGAACUCUCUUAUUGAUUAAGUCACACUUUUUUGUCAUUUCUCAGUUCUGUUAUUUCUGUAUCUUUUGUACAGUAUUGUAUUUGUUUUUUUUUUUUUUUUGCUAACUACGUGGUUUAGUGGUAGAUUAGACAUCACUGUGUAAUAAAAACGUCAUCAAAUUAAAAAACAAACAUUCGUUUCUAUUCUAUGUGAAAGUAAUGUAUUGGGUCAGUUGAGAUAUUGAGGAUUCAAAAGUUGAAAACAUUUCAAACAAUUAUUCUUAUAAAUUUUCAUGUUCAGGAUGGAUAUAAUGCAUAGCAUAAGACUUUUUACUUUUUCAACUUCAUCAUGUUUUGC